AUGCCGAUCUUCCCGCGAGCCGCCCUCCGCGCGAAAACCUCCGCGCCGUCGAAGGAGCACGCGUUGCCGAGCGGCAAGGAGAACGAGUGUCCCUCGUCGAGCGCGCCGGGCAAUCGGAGAGUGAUCGUCCCUAGGCGACGCGCGUCCUUGUGCUCGAACGACGAUCGAGGAAGGAAACCGCUGUUGCCCUCGAAGAUUCCGCGUCUCGUCAGCGGCGCGGUCGGCGUCGAGAGGACCGCGUUCAACGACCGAACGGUCACGUUGCAGCGAGCCAAGCUGCCGGUCGUCGGCGAGAAGCUGGGAUCCGUCGCGAUCGACGGGAACAGGGUCAAGUUCGCGGGGAACGUCGAUUCGAUCGGUUCGAUCGCUCGGCCGAAGAGCACGAGCACGCCGAAGGAUGCGGAAUCGUCGCCGAUCCCGGUUACCGUUCGCGUCGCGUCCGCCAGGAAGCCUUCGAAGCCGUUGUCCUCGUUCGCUGGCGAAUUGGUCUGCAACGCGGACUAUCACGCCGAUCUGCCGAUCAUCGAGCGCGAAAGGGAGGAACGAGCGCCUCCACUCUCCGACAGCUUCCUUAAACAGCACGUGAACGCCGAGCAGAGAGCGCUGGUUGUUGCGUUCAUGCUGCACUUGGGGACGCACUGCCGGUACUCCUCGCGCGUCGUCUACCAAGCGGUGAAGCUGUUCGACGCGGCUAUCGACAAGAUACGAGUGGACACUGGAUCCGUGCAGCUGACGGCGUUGAGCAGCCUGUGGAUCGCGCUCAAGACGCGAGGGAACUGCGACAAGAUACCCACGGCGUCGACCAUGAUAAGCCUCGCCAAGGACCUCUACGCUGGACGGGAGGACCUGCUGAUCCGCUUCGAGAGGAAGAUCCUGCUGGCUCUGGACUUCGGCGUUUCUUUCGCCGACGCCUACACUCUCCUCGCCUACCACAUGAUCAACUACAAACGCUGCGCGGACGCGUCGCAGGAAACGUUCGAGUUCCUCUACUAUGCUGGCGGUUACGCGAUCGACCUGACCCUGCUGGACGAGCAGUUCUGCCGAACGGCCGUGCGCCUGGUCGCUCUGACGGCGGCCGAACUGGUCCUCGGCAUCGUGCUGGACACCGCCAACGGGACCGACGAGCCCUCGAGGAGCCCGCGAUGGCUGUUCUGGAGAGGUCUGCUGUACGCCGCCGGCGCGCGUUCGGGCGACAGGUUUCAGGACGAGGAGAUCGACCGAUGUCGCGUCGCGAUGCUGCGGUGCGUCCUAAUGUCCGCGCGGAGGAACUUCCGUUUCGAGGUGGUGUACAAAAAGUACAGCCGCAGCAGGUACGGUCGGAUAGCGGAGUCCUUUCUCGGGCGAGCGUCCACGGUGCCGCUGCUCGAGACCUUCGACCCCUAGGAAGACAGUUCGCGCGCAGCCGCUGCGAACGCGGUAACUUUCGGUUUUGUAGCACGACGGGACGUCGAAUAAAUGGGAACAGUC